AAUCUUUUCUUGAACUCAUUUUGUACGGUUUUUGAGGGCAUCAAAACACAGAAAGCACAAAAUGAAAAAGAAGAAGAAAAAUAAAGUUAAUAAUUUCGUAGCCCUAUUUUUCUAGGUGAUAAAAUUUUUUAUUUUUUAUUUUCUUUGGUCUUGUACCUGAGGUGAAUGGUUGAUGUUUGAGAAAAAGGACUAUUCUUGACUUACAAAAUGUAUAGCAGUCAUUUCCUAAAUUCCAGGAACCUUGAAUUACUCUUAUUUUUUUUAUUAAAGUAUCAAGCUUUGUGAUUUUGGGUUUGCGAUUGGAUUAAGAGAUAAUUGCUGAGGUCUUGAGGUCAGAAAAAUGCGUUGUAUCCUUAGGAGAUCAGGUAGCAUCAUUCAGAAAGAUCCAGAUAUGGAUGACAGUACAUUGUCCCUGAAAUCUCUAGAGGACUAUGGAGUAUCUUCUGUUAUUUGGAGAUUUUCCAAUUGUAGGUCUACAGAUGUUACAUUCUUUGUCUUGGCAUCCAAUGGACUAUGGAGAGUUCUUGUUCUUCCACAACAAUAUCUCUACCGUGAAAUCUGUCGGAGAUCACUUCAAUCAAAUGUAAAUAGUUUUCAAGCUGGUUCGUUGUUGCCAUUAACUUCUUUCUUGUUAGGUAGUGAGAAAAUUCAAAGAGUUUUUAAUAUUGGCUCUCCUCUUGAAUCAAUCUCGUCUAGAAGCUCUCUACACGAUGGAGGUGCUUUCAGAAAUCUAAAGAAAUGGGACAUGUUAUCAAUCAUUCCUUCUGGUCAAAAUCCAGUUAUCGAAUGUGAAUUUCCUGGAACUAUCUCCCGGGGAUCUGAUGCCAAUAGUGUAGAAGAUAUGGAUGUUCAUGACCCUAAGGAAAAUAGAUCCACAGACAGAUUCUCAAGGAAAAAACCUAGAAAGAAGGGGAAGCGGAAUAGAAAUCUCAAUUGCAGUAAUGGCCUAAAUGAGUUGCAAUCUGCAGUUGGAUGUUCAAUAACUCAAGCUGCGGUACAAAGUAUACAACAUAGAUCGAUUAGUUCUUCUGCUAAUAUGUCUAAUUCCUUGAUGACUGAUGGCAUGACCGUGAGCUCAUUUGCUCUUGGUUCAAGCAGUGAUGAAAGAUGUUGUUCGGGUGGAUGUAAAUCACCCCAUAGUAUUGUAAGAACAGAAGUUUCCUCUACUGGAGACAUGUUAAACAGUGCUGGUGAGAAGAAAAAGCGCUCAAAGCAGCAUGUUGGGAAUCCUUAUGUAACAGAAAAGAAGGAUAAGUAUAUUAGAAGAGUUCCCAAAGACUCAAAUGUCUAUGCAAGUAGUACUGGAAACCAGAAUAGCCAUGCGAGAAAAGAAAAUUAUCAUUGUAUUUGGAAAAGGGUCCAGAAGAAUGAUGCUGAUGUAAGCAACUGUGACUUGGAAAAAUUGAACUUAGGUUACUCACAGUUUGAUGAUAGGUUGAAAAAAAGUACAUUGAAGAAAGAGCUUCCUAAUCGUGUUGAUUCUAUUAUAUUAUCACAAUCCGCACAUGAAAAUCAGGAAAAGCUCAAAGUUCCAAAAAAUCCCAGGAGAAAUAAGUGUCGAAAUCCACUGGAGGAGAAUGAAAGUCAAUAUCGAAAAGGAUCUCCAGUUAAUGGAGCCUGUUCAAAUGUUUGUUUGAAGACUAACAUGCAAUCAGAUGAUGUAUUUGGUUCAGCUACCCAAAUAGCUACGGCAAAAAGAUCAAUAAAUGCUGCAGAUUCUCAAACUGGAACAACUAAUUUUAGGGCUAGACACAAGAAAAGGAAUGUUCAAUAUGUUUCUCUUAAAGCAAUCCCAAAUCCCCAAGCUUGUUCCCGUAACGUGGAAGCAACAGAAAAUGUCCCAAUUAUUGUAUCUUGCGUGGAUGAUCAAACGGUAGAACAUCAAUUUGACUUGUUAUCUAGAUCAGAGAAGUUCAAUGACCUAACAGAGCAGCGGCGGGAGCUUCCUGCUGUGGAUGGAGAGGGUGACAAAACGGACAAAGAAGUUUCUCCUUCUUGUCAAAAUGUUACACAGGAGCAACUGGCUUCUAAAUGUCAAGCUCUUGUUUCUUCCUCGGUGAAUGUCAGAGUGAUAAAUGCAGGUGAAAAUUCAGAAAAUAUAAAAGUGUUACCUGGUGAUACUCAGUUUGAGAAGUUGAGAAAUCAUAACACAUGCACUCUAGAGCAGGGCUACGAAAAUGCUGCUAUGGCGAAGUUCUUCGUUCCUGAAGCUAAAAGCCAACCCUUUCAUAGUCUUGAAAAUGAUUGGAGAAACAUUUCUCAGGCAGUGAAUGAUGCCCAUAGUGCAGAGCUAGCCUCUAAAGCCAUUGAGAUAGGUAAGGGCUAUCCUGCUGCCGAGUUUGAGAAACUUCUUCAUUCUGCCUCUCCAUUUAUAUGCCCAUCUGUUAGUAUUCGGACUUGUCAAGCUUGCUUCCUUAGUCGAGCUAAUGCACCUCUAUGCAGACAUGAGAUACCCAAUAUCUCUUUGGAGAACUUGUGGCAGUGGUAUGAGAAACAUGGGAGCUAUGGUUUAGAAGUAAAGGCAGAGGAUCACAGAAAUGCAAGACAGUAUGGGAUGGAUCAUUUUAAGUUUCGUGCAUAUUUUGUUCCAUAUUUGUCAGCCAUUCAGCUCUUCGAGGACCAUAGGACUCGCCCAAUCCAUAACGAUAAUAGGACUCUGGGGUCCAUGGAUGUGGUGGACUGGAAGACGAAUAAAAUAUCUGAGAGUUCACCUAGUGUAGAUCUGGGCUCCAUAUUUUCUGUACUUGUACCUCAACCUCUUGUUGAGGAUUCAAGCUCUUUACAAAAGGGUGUUGUUUCUGGCUCGGGGUCGUCUUCAGAGUGCAGUAAUGGUGAUUUACAUCAUUUAUCUAAUGAUAUUAACUUGUCUGAUGAUGUGGAGCUUCUCUUUGAAUAUUUCGAAUCUGAGCAGCCUCAAAGGCGGCGACCGUUAUUUGAAACAAUACAUGAACUUGUCUCUGGCAAUGGACCCUCAAACAGUAGAUCAUAUGGAGAUCCAUCUCUCCUACAUACUGCGAGCUUACAUGACCUGCAUCCUCAUUCUUGGUUUUCGGUUGCAUGGUACCCCAUUUAUAGGAUACCUGAUGGCAAUUUGCGUGCUGCUUUCUUGACUUAUCAUUCGCUUGGCCACUUUAUUCACAGAGAUCAGACACUAAAAUCCUGUAGCGUGGAUGACUGUAUAGUUUCUCCAAUCAUAGGCCUCCAAAGCUACAAUGCUCAGGGUGAAUGCUGGUUUCAGCCAAGGCACUCUGCUGACGACCUGACUGAAGAAUUCUUGGAUAUGGACCUUCAUACAGUUCUGAGAGAGCGAAUACGAACAUUAGAGCAGACAGCGAGUAUUAUGUCACGAGCUGUGAGAAAGAUUGGAAGUGAUACGCUCGUGAACAGACAUCCUGAUUAUGAGUUUUUCCUAUCCAGGCGACGCUAAUUGCUUCUGAUCCUUGUAUUCUGAUUGUAAGUUGUUAUGCUCUGUAGAUAGCGUAGUAUACUUAUAGGAUCUCCUUUUCGGGGUUGAAAGUAGUGCUUACUGGUUACAGUUAGGAAUUUUAUCGGUGCUUCUUCUUGUAAGCUCUGGAGUGAGUUGUAUAUAUGUAGUUUUGUCUAGUUGGAAUUAAAUUAUGCAGCAUGUUAUGAGAUGAUUUUUGCGGAUUAAAAGUCACAGAUAGUUCAGUUAA